CAUCAGCCCCCUUUUUUCUUUUAGGGUCCUGUUAAAAUCCUGGCAGCCGCAUGGACGGGAAGCAUUAAAAUUCCAGGCCCUCCAGCAGGCUGUGGGGCGUUGUGCUGGUGGGCCAGCUCAGCAGGAGCCUGUUUGAAUGAGAGCUAAUGAAGUUCAGCAUGAGACAGUGGAGGAAGGUGGUGCUGGCGGCCAUACUGGCCUGGGCUCUCCUUUUCCUUGGCCUUCUCUCCUACUUCCUGGACACCCGUGUGGAGGAACCUCGGACUCCUGCCGGCUCCUUGGUUUCCCAGCAUUCCGACACUCGCCGGCUCACCUCCAUCCAGUCCUCCCAACAGCAGCAAUCAGUCGUGGGGGUCCGAUCUGAGCAGGGUCUGAACUUACCCAGAACUUCUAUUAAAAACCAGCCGGAGGCAGGAGUUUUCUCCAGCUCGGAGGCCCCAGGGAACCGGGGGAAAAACAUUUCAAGCAGUUCUCCCGAUCAAAUUUACGAAAGCCAGGAAACAAACCAUCUGAAUGAGUUGGACCUGCAAAGUCUGGCUGCCUGGUCCUCCUUUGGUACACAAAACGUGGGCUCUAACUUCAAUGCUGCUUCCCAGCUUCGCGAUAGAACAUCUCAAAGCAUACAGGACCAGAGCACCAAUCAUUACUUUGCUGCUGAGGACGAAGAGGGCCGAGAGAAUGAAGAUGAAGAUCUGGCAAACGAGAUAAGACCUUCAGCUGAGAGGAGGAGUGAUGCGGACUUUGUGGUGCAGCAGCUGUGGAAGGGCACCGUGUCCUCUGGCAUGCUGAGUCCUCGACUGAGGCAGGCCAUGAAGGACUACAUCAACGCCAACAAGCACCACGUCUCCUACCAAGGGCACCGCAAGGUGGCUCGCAGCGCAGACAAACUGCUGUGCCAAAUGAAAAACCAGUCCCAGCUGAGGACGGUGGACGGGUCCGAGAAGCCGUUCUCCUCGCUCGGCUGGGCGAAUUUUGUGCCGUCGAAACCCCUUCAGUCCUGGGACAAACGGCAGGGGGGGAAAAGCUUCAAGACCUGCGCGGUGGUCAGUUCCGCUGGGGCCAUCCUGCACUCCGGCCUGGGCGAAGAGAUCGGUGAGUACUCACUGUCACUUUUUAUUUUCAGGCUUUUAUGUCGUCUGUCUACAAAAAAAUACAUCGUUUUUUCCUCUGUAUUUCAAGAAAAAUUAUGAGAAAUCGGGCAAAAAGUCAAUUCAG